AUGCUUCAUACUCAAGUCGUAACGCGGAUAGCGCGGUACCUUCCGCUUGCGAGAAGGGUCGCGGCUUUCGUUCUCUUGGUCCUCUUCUUUCAUUACUUCACGCACUCGGGAAAGCCAUACGCAGACGAAGUAAUCCUCCGGUUCAAGGAUUCCAAGGUGGUGUUUAUGGAACGCUUCAUGCAGAAUGACAUAAACGGCGGCUCUGACGGCUCGGCUCUCGAAGCGCUGUGCUCGAGCAAGAACUGGUAUCCAGAGAGAGUGUUCGGCUGUUAUGUCGCAGAGGGUGGGAUCGCCUCAGUUCGACAAUGGGAGCUCCAGUGUAUUCGCCUUGCAAUAGAGACAGGAGCAUCCACCCUCAUCCUUCCAAACAUCGUCAAACGCAAAGACCGCGACUACCGGCAUCAGAGACGAGCGCAUGCCCCUCCCACAGGCCUCCCCAUGGACUACAUGUUCGACUUCCAACAUCUCAGGGACACAUUGGAAGCCCAUUGUCCCCAGAUGAAAGCCUACGCUAGCAUUUCUGAUCUCCACGACGUGCCUAGCCUUCUUACGCCAAUAGAUUUCAAGACAAACGAUGUUUUCGGUGAAUGGGAGGAGAUGGCCAGAGUCUCCACCAUUCCUGCUCCUGCGCAUUGGAAGGCCAAGUUUGACAUUUACAUCGAGGCAAUACGAUCCACGAAAAGGCUGAACAGCAGACCACAGGGUGACCCUUAUCGCGUGCAGUUGAUGCCUUCAGGGAUGGGUUUCCCUGUUUACUCCGACAGUCCAGAAACUCGCCAUGAUAUCAGUGCUCUCCUGCGUUUCCGGCGCGACGCCCGACUCCUUGCCGGCGCAGCCCUCUUCAAACUAUCAGGGAAAUACGGCGCGAAUGUCGACCCGCGCUCUGGCCGCGAUGGGGACGGUUUUGCUGGAAUCCACCUCCGCAUCGACGCCGACGUGGAAGAUGAGCUAGGGAAAUCGAUCCCCGAGUUCGCCUACCAGGCAUCCGAAAGCGUCAAAUAUGUCACCGACACAGGACUCAAGAUAGCGUUUCUCGCGACCGGCGGGCCACGGGAGACGAUUACCGAAUUCGUGGAAGGAGCUCGAGAGUUCAACCUUACAGUCGUAACGAAAGAAAUGCUACUAGAAGGCGGCGAUCUAGAGCAGCUCCGGAAGCUCACAUACGACCAACAAGCCAUCGUGGACUAUGAGAUUAUGAAGCACGCGACGAAAAUGGUGGGAUUGGGCAUGAGCAAGUUCUCAGGCGACCUCGCCAUUGCGAGGGCGGAAGCGUAUGGCAGAAAGCCUAUCUUGAAGGUCCCCGAGCCCGAGGAUACGAUGAUGUGGAAGGACGAGCACACGACACUAUUCUGGCAUCAAUUGAUAAGAGUGCCCGAAACAUUCCCGUUUGGCGCACCCAUUGCAGCUCUGCAACCCUUCAGGUACCCCGCCAUGGCAGCAAAAACUAAGUACAUCACGAUCUCCAACUUCAAGGAAGAGCUCACGGGAUGGAGUCCCGACUCCCCAAACCAGCUCUACGCCAUUGUUGACAUGGGAAGCAAUGGCAUCCGCUUCACCAUCACAGAUCUCACCCCGCCAUUCACCCGCCUCCUAAAAUGCAUCUACCGCGAACGUGCAGGCAUCUCCCUCUUUGACGCCCUCUCAUCCUCUGCACCACCCUCAUCAACAGACCUAAACUUCCCCCAAGCGACAAUCACCCUAGUCUCGGAAACCCUCGCGCGCUUCCGGCGCAUCGCCGACGCGCAUGGCGUAGCGCCGGAGAACUUCUCCGUUCUCGCCACAGAAGCCAUGCGUCGAGCUUCCAACGCCUCGGCGAUGCUCGAUGCUAUCCAUGAGCAUGCCGGCGUAGGCGUGCACGUCCUGGCUCCCGAGAUCGAGACUCUCUUCGGAGCCAUCAUGGGUUCUCGGAGCUCCUUCGUCAACAUCGAUCGCGGUGGGUUGUUUCUGGAUCUAGGUGGUGGGUCGGUGCAGAUGGCCUGGGCAGACACGCGGUUGCCCGAAUAUGAGGUCAAGGCUGCGCUGGCGGGUGUGUCGUUGCCAUUUGGGGCCGCGAGGUUUAUUCACGUGCUCCAGGGGGACGCUAAAGUUGCUGCCACUCAAAAGGAAGUGUUACGCUCGGGAAUGCGCUCUGCUUUUGCUAUUCUUUGCGAAAAGUUCCCGUCUCUGAAAGAGUGUUUGGCUGCCGGCCAGGGCCUCGAUGUUUACCUGUGCGGCGGAGGUUUCCGGGGCUAUGGCUCGAUGUUGAUGCACAACGAUCCCGUGCAACCUUAUCCCAUCCCGUCUGUCGGAGAGUAUACCGUCCCCGGAAGUUUCUUUUCACAGACCAGGCGUAUGCAGGAAGUCAACGAAGAGUUCGGCGGCAAGAUCUUCGCCAUGUCGAAGCGUCGGAGGAGCCAGUUCCCCGCCGUCCUGGAGGUCCUCGAGGCUUUCAUCGCCGCGGUUCCGGCUAUCCGCACGGCGACCUUUUGUACGGGUUCCAACAGAGAUGGAGCUCUGCUUAUGAAACUUCCGCGCGAGCUCCGAGAGUCUAACCCGUUGGAGGCACUCGCGAACGUAUCGCCGGCUGACAAACCCGUAAUCGAUGCCGCCACUGCCGUCUUGAGAGAUGCGCUACCAAAGGACCAGGACCUCUCAUCAGUGCCAACCAUCUUCUCACUUGGCCUUGUGCCCCUGUUCGUGCAGAGGAUUUGGUACCGUCUUGGAGAAGAUGUCUAUACCAACGCUGCAUACGUGCUGCAUGAGGCCGUGACAAGAGAUCCUAAGGCGGCCGGACUGACGCAUCUCGCUAGAGCGGUUCUGGGAAUGACGGCAACGGCGAGGUGGGGAUCGAGUCUUGGACCGAUCGAUGCGCAGUUGUACACGGGUUUGAAAGGUCUUCUGGAUGCGGCGAAUAAGACUUCCGGUUUUUGGGCUGAGUACCUUGGGGUGGUGGCGAAUAUCUUGGGAAUCGUCAUCCCAUUCAAGCCCAAAAAGGCCGAGGAUAUCACAAACGCUAUCAAAAUCUCUGCAUCACUGGAUAACGGCAAGAAGAAGGACAAGAUUAAACUCAAGCUCCAGAUUGCCCCCUAUGCGUUGCAGGGCGUGGAUACGACAGUUCUUGAGAAGGUGGUUGAAGAUAUCGGAAAGCAAAGAGGAAAGAAGAGCGAUAUCAAAGUCCGCGUCGAGAUAUCUAAGCUUCAGUAA